CUUGUUCGUGUUUUCCCCUUCCCCAAUUUCUUCCCUGCCUUCCGGUGGUCAGCUCGCCGUGGAGCGGAGCGAUCUGCGUCGGACUACCGGAAUCAACCCCAUUUCUCCCCUCCUCCUGCCCCUCCGCGACAGAUCGAGCCAUUCACGCUUGCUGGAUCGGGCCUCCCGGAGGAGCGGAGGAGGGAGAACGGCGGCCUUACGGAGAGAGAAAGCUGUGUUCUUGCGGCGGCGGCGGCGGAGGAGUAGCCGUUCUGGACGGCUGCAUAUACGGUUGGGUUCCGGAGGUGGGGCUGCAGGUUCUGUCGAGGUCAGGGCAAGAGCAUCGAUUCGGGGACAGCUGCGCACUGCAGGCUUCACACGCCCCUCUGGUGAAGCGUACACUAGAUUGUUAGCAGAAGGGUUCAAGAAGUGUGCUUACAUUAGUAACUGAAUGACCGAGCUUGAAACCUGAUUUACCCACUGCCCAGGAAGAGCCGGUGAAGCCAUCCAAGCGUGCUUGGUUACUGAUUCCACGAGAUUGCAGCACAGCUUGUACUUGAACACAAAAUCAAAGGACAAUGUUGGUCCUGCACCACUGGCAUUGGCAAUGAGAUAUCCUGCUCCAUUGGGUGAUAAGAAUUACCUGCUAGGAUGAGAAGGAACUAAAGGACUGUUUCAAUGAACAUCUUACUAGAGCUUAAGCAUCUCAAGCAUAUUAGCUUGCCGACGAGGCCUGUCAUUUGCAAAUGCCUUCUCAUAGUGAUUGGUCUUAUUGUGUUGAGAGCAAUUAUCUCCCCUUUUCUUGCCAUUAGCUCGUCUGAGAAGAGUUUUUACGAGUCAACAACCCUUGACUUGUUCCCUGGAGUGAGGAAAGACAAGUUUGUUGAGGUCCCACAGAUUAUAUGGGGAUUGAACAAUCAGAAGAUUGCAUUUGCCAGGGCAUGCUUGACAGCAAAAUUCCUCAACCGGUCUCUGCUCAUGCCAAGUCUGAGUGCUUCACUUUUCUACAAAGAGGUUGACUUGCUGAAGCCUAUUGCUUUCGACAAGGUGUUUGACUUUAACAAGUUCAAUGCUCGUUGUCAUGGGUUUGUAAGGCUAGCUCGGUAUUCACAAGUUCUGAAUCAUACAGAGCCUUUCAAACUCCAAAAGGGAAGUGGUAGGAGGUGGACAGUGGACAGAGACUUGGAUCAACUCCAACAAUCCAGAUUGGGCGAGGCUGAUGGCUCUGAAGUAAUUCAUGUCACUGGAAAACAUCCUUUUCUGUGGCCUGACCAUUGGCCUGUGAAAGACUAUGCCAGGAUCUUUGAUUGCCUAACCUUAGCUCCUGAGAUAGAAACUGAAGUAGUCAAGGUCAUAUCCAAGAUCAAAGAUGCAGGGAAAAAAGCAAGACAUGAGGCUGCCAUUUCUCAUAAUAAGAAGAGGAUCGAUAGUUCGACAAACCUUUCUGUGCAGUACAUUGCUGUUCACAUGAGAAUAGAGAAAGAUUGGAUGAUCCAUUGCAAGAAGUGGGAGCAGCGGUCCAACUCAAAGGAAAUCUGCAGCAGCAAAGGAGAGAUCAUUCAUAAGGUCUCACAGAUCACUGACCUUCGCCGUCCAGUUGUAGUUUAUCUUGCAGUAGCCGACAGCCUUCUAGAAGAUGAUUCAGUAACCAGUGGUUGGAGAGUUGGCAUGAUUGCUUAUGAGAAGAAGAAACUUGGAGUUACUGACAUAUAUGAUAGACAGCCUUAUCUUAUAAAAUCUGCCAUCGACUUUGAGGUAUGCGCCAGAGCGGAUGUGUUUGUUGGCAAUAGCUUCUCAACAUUUUCCAACCUUGUAGUUUUGUCUAGAACGGAAAGGCUAUAUAAUCUUGGGAAGGCAAGCUCAUGCGGCAAGGAUGUUGGGCUGUCGUCCUAUGCGUACAACAUCAUCGGAGAUGAUGGCGGGCCGCAGAGAUGGAUGACAGAUAUGUCGGACACAAGUCUUCAACGCAUAAGUUACGGAACAAAUAACGUCUCCUGCCACUGACCUUUGAGGCACACAACAUCUGACGGAAACACAAUCACACAGGGAAAUAAUUUUCGGCCGAAUCUUGUCUAGAAAGGAGUAGGUACAGCAGCUCGACAGUACUUUCCAUGCUAGAAUCUGGACAGAUCGCACUGCAUGUUGCACUUAGGCAAUGAGUUUGGCCAAGUAUUGCCUGUGUACUUUGUGAGUGUGUACAAAAGUUGUUUCCUUAACAGCAUCGUGCUGGACAGAUUUUAGUUUAAGAGCUCGUUGUGUGGUACUAGUUACCACCCUGUUUGCAUUCUGUUGUUUAGUGAGAUCAGCUUGCUUCGCCCUGUCGAGAAUUUCAUGCUGGCACUAUCACAUAGAACAUCUGUAUGAGUCUAUCCAUUCAUGUACGCUUGUUCCGACAAAUGAAACUUCUUGAUUCUGUAGCA